ACUUGUCAUCUGAUGGAAGCCAAAUUUAUGGCGGAGUUUAUGAGAUUGCCCUGCAGAUACACGGGAUGAUUACUGACACGGACAGAGCGCAAGUUUGAUUUUCAGGGUUCAUUUACCCUCCUGAGGACAGGAUGUCUGAUUCGGGCUCUGUUUAGGAUAUUUUCUGGGGAAAGGAAACUUUUAUCUGUUGAAAAUGAUGGAAAAAGUUGGAAUCUUGGGAGUCUUGCUCUUGACUCCUGUAAAGUCUUUCCUGGACUGUCAUCCUAGUGUCAGACUUGUUAAAGAAGAGGAAGAGUGCAUGAGAAAUCUGUUUCAUAAGUCAGUCAAAUCAACAGUCCCCAGACACUCAUCUGUAUUUUUCCUCGGUGAGGACCGUUUACACAGUCGGAUACGCUCUCUCUCUCAUCUCCCUCUCCAUCGCCAUCGCCAUAUUGUGUCUGUUCAGGAAACUGCACUGCACUCGCAACUACAUUCACAUCCAGCUGUUUCUCUCCUUCAUCCUGAAAGCCAUCUUCAUCUUCGCCAGAGACACGUUGCUGUUUUCUGAAAGUACUUACCACUGCAACUCCUACCCGGUGGCCUGUAAGUUUGUGCCGAUCUUCUCCAACUACUGCAUCCUGGCCAACUACAGCUGGCUGCUGGUGGAGGGUCACUUCCUGUUCACGUUAGUCUCCCGCUCCUUCUUCUCCCUGAAGAAACACCUGAUCUGGUACAUCGUCCUCAGCUGGGGCUUAUCGCUCAUCGUGAUCGUCACCUGGUCGUGUGCCAAGUACUUCUAUGAAGACGAAGGCUGCUGGGAAACGGGAAGCCACGAAUGGAUUUUAUGGAUCCUACGAGUGCCAGUUUUGCUAACGAUAUGUAUGAACCUCAUCUUUUUUUUGGGCAUUCUGAGGGUUCUGGUGAGCAAACUCCGAAUGCCCGACGCCCGGAGGAAUGAAUUCAGUCAGUACAAGAAGCUGAUCAAGUCCACGUUCUUCCUGGUGGCCGUGUUCGGCCUGCAUUACAUCGUGUUCGUGUUCCUGCGCGUGGAAGCCAGCAGCUACGUGUCCAAGAUAAAGAUGUUCGCCGAGCUGGUUCUGUCGUCCACGCAGGGUUUGAUGGUUGCAACCCUCUACUGCUUCAUGAACGGCGAGGUGCAGCAGGAGUUCAAGAGGCGGUGGAGGAGGUGGAAGCUGGUGCGCCACCUUCCGAACCGGCCGCGGCACCACCACGGCUCCAUCAGCCACAGCGGCUCCGCCAACACCCAGGUGUCCCUGCUGCCCUCCUCCCCGGGGAGCCAGACCAGCAGCGUCCAGCCUGUGGACACUCUGGAGAUGUGAUGGAGGGACCAGAAAACACCCAAAAAUGGAAGUUUAUUCCGACACGAUUCAAUUUUCCUUAAAGGAACUCUAAACUAUUUAUUUGGCCAAACAUUUAAUUUGCUUUUUGUUUCCACCUCGUAAAACUUUGAGCUUUUCCAACAUCAAACAUAUACUAGAAUAAACAUGAUAGUGUAUAUAUUUACUAUAAAGUUGUGGUAAAUCUAGAGGUAGAGUGCAAAUUGGUGAUUUAAACUGGUGUAAACAAGUUGUGUGAAACUAUAAAAACUCAUAAAUCUCUUUAUAAUGUUAUAAACGACCUAUUUAUUUAUUUUAUUAGGAAAUAUAAUCUUUAAAAGAGACUAGAUUUCAUCCUGGGAGGAUCAGACAAUGUUUUGUUUUAAAAAAUAAAGAAAUAUAUCCCA